AUGUUGAAAGUUCUUCGCGCCUCAUUCCAUAAUAAUAAAUUUAUUUUGAGCAAUACGUUAACAGAUAGUAGCUCAAAGGGUGUCCUUCCAAGCUUCAUAAACUGUCGAUACUUCACGACUAAAACCGUAAACAUGCUUAAGUUAAAAGACCCUUCGUUAUUUCGUGAAGCAUCCUUUAUAAGUGGUGCUUGGGUCAAAUCCGUUACUGGAAAAACCUUUACAGUUUUGGAUCCAGCUACAGAAAACGAGAUUGGCAAAGCACCAGAUAUGGAUAAGGAGGAUACUCAAAAAGCUAUAAAAGCUGCAAGUGAAGCCUUUAAAAGUUGGUCAGGACAAACAGCAAAGUAUCGACAUGAUGUGCUCAAGAAUUGGUAUUCACUCAUAAUAGAACAUCAACAAGAUCUCGCGUCAAUCCUUACUCAAGAGAAUGGUAAACCAGUUUCAGAAGCUCUUGGUGAGAUUAAAUAUGGUGCCAAUUUUAUCGAAUGGUUUGCCGAGGAAGCAACUCGUACAUACGGCGAUGUUAUUCCCUCUCCGAUUAAAAAUCAAAGAUUUGUGGUACAGAAACAACCGGUUGGUGUUGUGGGUAUAAUCACCCCAUGGAAUUUCCCGAACGCUAUGAUAACUCGUAAAGUUGGCGCUGCUUUGGCUGCUGGAUGUACUGUAGUUGUUAAACCUGCCUCGGAAACGCCGUUCUCGGCUUUGGCAAUGGCAGAAUUGGCUAACAGAGCAGGAUUACCUAAAGGUGUUUAUAAUGUGGUAACUAGUCAUGAAAAAUAUAAAGAAGUGGGAUUGGAAAUGACCACCAAUCCUAUCAUUAAAAAAAUUUCUUUCACUGGUUCGACAGCAGUUGGAAAAAUGUUGAUGGAACAAAGUUCAAGCACAUUAAAGAAAGUUACUCUCGAACUGGGUGGAAACGCACCCUUUAUCGUUUUUGACGAUGCAGAUAUUGACGCAGCGGUCGAAGGCGCGAUUACUUCAAAGUUUCGCAGCUCAGGUCAAACGUGUGUGUGUGCUAAUCGAAUUUUCGUUCAGUCGUCUGUACACGCAGAGUUCGCUUCACAUCUCACCCAAAAAGUCUCCAACUUUCGAGUGGGUAAUGGAUUCGAUUCAAAUACAACUCACGGUCCAUUAAUAAGUCGCAAAGCUAUAGAAAAGUGUACACGACAUGUUGAUGACGCGGUUUCGAAAGGUGCAGAAAUACUAAUAGGGGGGAAACAUGUCGGUGGAAAUUUCUAUGAACCGACUGUACUUUCCAACUUGCAUCCUGAAAUGCUGAUUGCUCAAGAAGAAACUUUUGGCCCGAUAGCCGGAAUUUUCAAGUUUGACACUGAAGAACAUGUCAUCGAGAUGGCUAAUUCUACAGAGUCUGGUCUGGCGGGAUAUUUCUAUAGUCGAGAUAUUGGACGAUGUUGGCGCGUGGCUGAAGCAUUGGAAGUUGGUAUGGUAGGAAUAAAUACAGGAAUAAUUAGUAGCUGUGAAGCACCAUUUGGCGGGAUUAAGCAGUCUGGUAUUGGUCGUGAAGGAUCUAAAUACGGUAUCGAUGAAUAUUUGAACAUCAAAUAUAUUAAUUUUGGUGGAAUAUAA